AUGUUUACCCACCAAUUAUUCUCCAUCUUGUCAAGACGCUCGAGACAAAUUCCCUCCACUGCAUCACGCUGCAGGUCCACCGGGGUGCAUGCUAGCGAAAUACCAAAAAAAAAAAAAAUGGGAGACGCAAUGCAGGCAAGCGUCCAACACGUCUUUAUUAUCUCCGUGCUCUAUCAGGCACUGCAUGACAAUGCUCACAGGCGCCGCACCCAAGUCGUUGGCUACAUCAAAUGCGACGGCGUAGCACACGGUGUGGCCUCCGUUUUUCUCAUUGGGCGCAAACUGCGGGAUGGCCGAGAUCAGUGCUGCAAAUACUGCAAGUUCUUGCCAUUUGCCGCUCUCCUGCGUUCCCUGCUGAGGCCAGGCAACAGGAGGAACGUGCACCUUUGUCCUCGAGAUAUCCUGAGGUGA